AAGCUUGCUCCUAGCUUAUAACCUCACUACCGCUCUUCAAUCCUACCCUCAAGACUCGAGACUUACCAAUCCUUGAAUUCUGCCCAAGCCCUACCAGCACCUGCAUCCAUAAACCCAGCAACAGAGCAGCAACAAGCGAAUUCAAACGCCUCAACCCACAUUUGCAACACAAUCUACAAGACUCAAGAUAAGCCACAAGCAAAAGGGCACUGCAUCACAUAUACCCGUCCUAAGGCCUAGCACGACCUAGCAUCCGCACACUUAUCUCUACAAUCCCCCAGAAUCAAAGCAAGCAACAUGGCAACCACCAAACCCUCACCUCUAACAACAACCACAACCACAACCACAACCACAACAACAACAACAACCAAAACCGAAACCAAAACCACAAUCCCAACCCCCAAAUCCCCCUCCCGCCUUGUCCCCCAAACCACAAUCACCCCCAAAUCCACCCUGCAAAAAACAAUAACCCGCCUCAAAACCCACCCAGCCCUCCCCCCACACCGCCGAAGAAUCUACCUGGCGCUGCUGUCCGUGCCCGCAGGGAGGUGGACGACCUAUGCGGCGCUCGCGAGACACCUGGACACCAGCCCGCGGGCGAUCGGGGCGGCGAUGCGCCUGAACCCUUUCGCGCCGGAGGUGCCGUGUCACCGGGUGCUGGGGGGUGCAGGCCGGUUGGUGGGGUACUCCGGUGGUGCAGGGGCGGCACCCGGGAAGGCGAGGGAGGGGGUUGGGAUGAAGAGGCGGUUGCUUGAGGGGGAGGGGGUGGAGUUUGACUCGGAGGGGGUGGCGAGGGGGGUUUGUUUUGUUGAGUUUGGGGAUCUGUAUUAAGUAUUAGGUUGAGGGAGGAUGAUAGGGAGUUGAGGAAGGAUGAUAGGGGGUUGGGAUGGGGUUGGGUAGGACUA